AUGGACGACGUCGAAGCCGCCUCGGCGGCCACACCCGUGCAAGUGAAAUUCACGGGCAUCACUCUAGACGUGAAAACCGGCAAAGACCAAACAAAGCGCAUCUUAGAUGAUGUUUCGGGCCACUUCGGCCCCGCCGAGAGCGUCGCCGUCAUGGGUCCGAGCGGCAGCGGCAAGACCACGCUGCUCCUCUGCGUCUCCGGCGCCGCGGCGCCGACGAGCGGUCGUGUCGAAGUGAACGGCGCGCCGUUCGACGCCGGGACGAUGCGGCGCGUCGCGUCCUUCGUGCCGCAGGACGACCUGCUCACGCCCUGCCUGACCGUGGAAGAGUCGCUGCGGGAGGCGGUCCUGUUCAAGACGGGCCACGCUGCGGAUUCGCUGGAAUGCGACCAAAAGGUGAACGAGCUCGCGGAGCGCUUCGGGCUCGUGGACUGCCUUUCCACACCCGUAGGCCGGCCGGGCGAGGGAAAACGAGGAGCAUCAGGGGGCCAGCGGCGGCGCCUGUCCGUCGCGCUGGAGCUCUGCGGCGACCCCUCGUUGUUUCUGGACGAGCCCACCAGUGGCCUGGACGCCGUCGCGACGAUGUCGCUCGUGCGGUCGCUGCAAGCGCUCGCGAGGCGCGGCGUGUGUUGCGUCGCGGUGAUCCACCAGCCCUCGGCGGCGGCGUUCUUCGCGUUCGAUCGCUUGCUGCUGCUACGGGCGGGCGGGUCGCUGGUCUACGAAGGACCCGUCGCCCCGGGCGCCCAGCCCGCGAAGAUGCUCGCGGACAUCGGGCGGCCGGUCCACGAGCUCGCAAACCCGGCGGACGCGAUGUUCGACGCUCUUACGGAGGAUCCCGACGCGCUCACGAAGGCGGCUCCCGAAGCACCGCCGCUGCCGCCACCGCCGCCGCCUAUUUCAACGUCGGGCCCGCGCUACGCGCUCUCGCUGCCGGGCCAGAUCCGGGCCCACUGCGUGCGGAACGCGCGCGCGAUGGUCAGGGAACCGAUCUUAGCGCGCAUGCGCAUCGGCUCCGCGGUGGGCGUCUCGAUCGUGUUGUCGAUUCUGUAUGGCGAAUUGGACUCAAAUUUCGAAGGCAUCAACAGCACGAUCAGUCUGCUUUUAUUUACGAUGGUCUUCCUCGCCCUGACGAGCGCGCUGCCCGUCGUGCUGAGCGUGCUGCCGGAGAUCCACGUGACCCAGAAGGAGGUGCGGAACUGCUGGUACCGGCCCACCAGUUACACUCCCGCGAAGUUCAUUGUCGAGACGCCCCUACUCGUCAUACCGCCUUUGCUCUACCUGGCCAUCGUGGGCAACGUGACGGGCCUCACGCGCGGCAACAACGGUGCGCGGUUUAUACGGGUCUACCUCGCGUGCCUCGCGACGGUGGUAUGCACGAAUUCGUGGUCAUUCCUCCUGUCCAGCGUCGCGCCGACGAUGCAAUUGGCGGUGCUGAGUGCUCCCGGUUCGAUCAUGCCCAUGAUGCUGCUGUCGGGAUUUUUCGUGAACCAGCGCGACAUGACGUGGGUAUUUAGAUGGGCGACUUAUAUCGACUACCUGAACUACGUCUGGCAGGCGCUCGCGAUCGCCGGGUUGCAGGAUCGAACCUACAACGCGCCGCCGGGCGCGGUUUGGACACGGGCGAGCAGGUCCUCAAAACGAGGUUGAAGCUGCCCGACUACACGGGCAGCUGGAAGAAGAACUACUGGGUGAACAUCGGCAUCCUGGCCGGAU